AUGGAGGCGCCUGUCGGGGAAGAAGGUGCUGCGGGAAUAGGGCCGGGUGCGCCGUGCCCCGUCUGGUGGGAAGAAGGUGGGGCGGCGGGGCGGGAGGUGGGCGGCGGCAAGCACGCGGGGCGGGAGGUGGGCGGCGCCGCGCGGGCUGGAGGGGGUUCGAGAAUAGCUAUUCUAGAACCCCUCUUAAGGCCGGUGCUGCCGCAGGCGGUAGCGGAGGCGGUAGCGGCGGCGACGGGGCGGGAGAGGGGCGGGAGGCGGGCGGGACCGGAGCGGCGGGCGCCGGCUGGCUCGCCGGGCGGUAGCGCCCGCUACCGCCCGGCCGUCGCCCGCGUUGGCGGCGAGAUGGAGGCGGGAGCGGGGCGGGAGGCGGGGCGGCGCGUUGGCGACGCGGGCGAGAGGAGGGGCGAGAGGUAG